AUGUCGGGGCGGCAGGAGGAGCCUCUGCCCGCCUGCUUUGCGGGGCUGGGUGCGGGCAGCCCGCGGCCGCGGCAGAAGCGCGGCGGGAUGUUCUGCAGCGUGGAGGAUGCCUUCGACAACAAGACGCUGAACUUCGCCUCGCUCGCUGCCUCCGGCACAGCAACACCCGUCGGGGGGCACCGCCGCGACACCCACCCGGGACCGAGCCCCGACGCGGGACCGAGCCCCGGCCCCGACCCCGGUUCCGACCCCGGGCCCGGCCCCGCCGCGUCCUCGCUGCCCCCGAGAGCUCCGGCUGCGCUGCCCGACGGCUGCCUGCAGAGAGACCACAUUCUGAUCAAAGGAGGAAAAAUUGUCAACGAUGAUCAGUCAUUUUAUGCAGACAUUUAUGUGGAGGAUGGCUUAAUAAAACAAAUCGGAGAGCACCUGGUGAUUCCCGGCGGCACCAGGACCAUCGAUGCCCACGGGCAGCUGGUGAUGCCGGGCGGCAUCGACGUGCACACGCGGCUGCAGGCGCCCGUCAUGGGCAUGAGCUCGGCCGACGGCUUCGCCCAGGGCACCAAGGCAGCGCUGGCAGGAGGCACCACCAUGAUCAUUGACCACGUGUGCCCGGACGCGGGGAGCAGCCUCCUGGCCGCCUACGAGCAGUGGCGCGACUGCGCCGACAGCGAGGCCUGCUGCGACUACAGCCUGAGCGUGGACAUCCCGCGCUGGCACGAGAGCCUGAGGGAGGAGCUGGAGGCCCUGGUCAAGGACAAGGGUGUGAACUCCUUCCUGGUGUUCAUGGCUUACAAGGACAAGCUGCAGUGCUCUGAUGGCCAGAUGUACGAGAUCUUCUGCACCAUUCGGGACCUGGGGGCCAUCGCCCAGGUGCACGCGGAGAACGGAGACAUCAUCGAGGAGGAGCAGAAGAAGCUGCUGGAGCUGGGGAUCACAGGCCCGGAGGGGCACGUCCUCAGCCGCCCCGAGGAGGUGGAGGCAGAGGCCGUGUUCCGUGCCAUCACCAUCGCCAGGCAGGCCAACUGCCCCCUCUACAUCACCAAGGUCAUGAGCAGGGGGGCUGCAGAUGUCCUGGCUCAGGCCAAGAGGAAAGGCACCGUGGUGUACGGGGAGCCCAUCACGGCCAGCCUGGGCGCCGACGGCUCCCACUACUGGAGCAAAAACUGGGCCAAAGCCGCCGCCUUCGUCACGUCCCCCCCGCUCAGCCCCGACCCCAGCACGCCCGAUCACCUCAGCACUCUGCUGGCCAGCGGGGACCUGCAGGUCACUGGCAGCGCCCACUGCACCUUCACCACCGCACAGAAGGCCGUGGGCAAGGACAACUUCACCCUGAUCCCCGAGGGCACCAACGGCAUCGAGGAGAGGAUGUCCAUGGUGUGGGAGAAGUGCGUGGUCCCCGGGAAGAUGGAUGAGAACGAUUUCGUAGCGGUGACCAGCACCAACGCUGCCAAGAUCUUCAACUGCUACCCCAGGAAGGGGCGCGUGGCUGUGGGCUCCGACGCAGACCUGGUGCUCUGGAACCCCAAGGCUACGAAAAUCAUCUCAGCAAAAACCCACCAUUUGAACGUGGAGUACAACAUAUUUGAAGGCACUGAGUGCCACGGGGUCCCAACCGUGGUCAUAAGUCAGGGAAGAGUUGUCCUUGAAGACGGAAAUCUGUGUGUCGCCCAGGGCUCAGGUCGCUUCAUCCCUAGGAAGACAUUCCCUGACUUCGUUUAUAAAAGGAUAAAGGCAAGAAACAGGCUGGCCGAGGUGCACGGCGUGCCCCGGGGGAUGUACGACGGGCCGGUGCACGAGGUGCCGGCGAGCGUCAAGGCGGCGGCGCCCGGCACGGCCUCGCGCGCGGCGCCCUGCGCCGGCAAAGCCGCGGCGCCGCCCGUGCGCAACCUGCACCAGUCCGGCUUCAGCCUGUCCGGGUCACAGGCGGAUGACCACAUUGCCCGGCGCACGGCGCAGAAGAUCAUGGCCCCUCCGGGCGGGAGGUCCAACAUCACCUCGCUGUCCUGA